CAGUGUGACGGAGUGGAGGUGACAGUAGGCCAAGCAUUCCUGCAGGAAGAAGGCGCCCGGGUCACAGGGACACGGGCCCAGCGAUGGCUCAGAUCCAGGAGCUGCUGAGCCGGGAGCUAAAGGUCCAGCUGAGGGCCAGAGACACAGAGGAGAGAUCUCUGAACGUGAGGAUCUGUAUUGAGCUGCAGUCUUCUGCCGGUCUGAGCCAUAAAAAGGAUCUGGUGGUCCGGAUGACAGAUGACACAGAUCCAUUCUUUCUCUACAAUCUUGUGAUCUCUGAAGAGGAUUUUCAGAGUCUGAAGACUCAGCAGGGCCUCCUGGUUGACUUUUCUGCAUUUCCGCAGAAGUUUAUUGAUUUGCUCUAUCAGUGUAUCCAAGAGGAGCGGAAAGAGGUGCCAAGAUUCCUGCUGCAGCUGUCUCCUUCAGCCUCUGUCCUGGGCAAUUCCCCUGCUCAGCUGGAUAUUAUAGAGACAAAUCCGUUUAAGCAUCUGACACACCUUUCAUUACGACUUCUGCCAGCAAGUGACUUGGAAAUUAAGAGCUAUCUGGCCAACUGCUUACGAUGCAUUAAGGAAGAAAAACAUCUGCUACAGCAGACACUCAAAAAAACCGAGGAGGAUCUCAGUCGGCAGCUGACUUUCACUCAACAGAGCCUGUCUGAGAAGUGUCUGGAGUUGGAAAGGAUAAAGAGCGAGUCAUCAGCUAUGGCCACAGCAUUAACGAGCAAACACUCAGUGGAGCUGGCAAGCGAGAAGGAAAAUGCUCAGAAGACACGUACUCAGUUAGUACAGCAGUAUGAACAGCAGAGGAAGGAAUUGGAGAGCUCGCUCCAGAAGAAUACAGAGAUGAUGCAGAGCCGCCUCGCAGAACUGGAAACCUCCAACAAAGAGCUUCUAGAGAGGCGAUUCAAAGCAGAGUCAACCAUCCGUGAGCUCCGUGCCAAGUACCAAGGCCUAGAAGAGGAGUCCAAAAGGACUCAGCAGAAAGUUGUGGGGCUACAGAGAGAGAAUUCAGCUCUGGAUGCAGAAUGCCACGAGAAGGAGAAAGAAGCGAAUCGUCUACAGACGCGAUUAGCUGUUCUAGAACAGGAGCUUAAGGACAAAGAGCAGUUGUUGCUGAGAAGCAGUGAGGUCCUAAAAGCAACCCAGGAGCAAAAGGCCAGCCUUGAAACAAGUUCUGAGAAGAAGAGAGUCCAGAUUGGGAAGCUGGAGGCAACAAUAAAAUCAUUAUCCUCGGAGCUUCUUAAAGCAAAUGACAUAAUUAAAAAACUGCAGGGAGACCUGAGGAAUCUUAUGGGAAAGUUAAAGCUGAAGAACGCAGUGACUGUGCAGCAGGAGAAGCUCCUGGCAGAUAAGGAGAAGCAAAUUCAGGAGGAGCAGAAGCUGCGGCACGAAUCCGAAGAGACAUUGCACGUGAAAGAGGAAGAGGCCAACAAAUUGCAGGAGCGUCUUCAAGAAGCUGAGCAGAAGCUACAGGAAAGCAAGGAGCUGCUGAAGACCAACGAGAAUGUUAUCAACUGGCUGAACAAGCAGCUCAACGAGAACCAGUGUGCGGCCACUAAUCCCAUCAACGCUCCUUUCAGCACAGCCAUGCCUGCCCGCCAGCCGCCAGAAAAUAGGUUGGCUUUUCACGCUUCUCGGACGGCUUACCCGUUGUCUUCUUCGUACCCAGUUAAACCCAAUGUUUCAUCAACUGUGGGAUCCCACCAGUCCACGCUAGAAGCAGCCUACACGGUUCCAAAGGUUCAAUACAACAACCAAGUUCCCAAACCAAAUAUGCCAGGUGUUAUACCCCAAGGUCCUCCUGGAUUAGCCUCUAGUACAAACAAGGAGAAUGGAGAGAUAUCGGGUUUGGAUCUAAAGUACCUUAAAAAGCGAGAAGUUGGAUUUCCUUUACGGGGACUCAACCAGAAUCUACCGACAGCCAAAGCAACACAGACCAGGACAGGGGCUCUGCUUACCCAGUCUGCAUACUUCCCAGGACAAACAUCUUCUUCGUGAUGGAUAAAAAAAAAUCCUAGGUGAUUAAUGUUCUGGCUCCCGGCACAUAU